UGAGGUUUUUUAACGGUUUUAGUCUGGGGGGGACACACGGUACUCCCACGUCUUCCUUCCAUAUUUUUUUAAAUCUCCUUCUUAUUCAUAAACACAAUAUUCGAGUUUACAGAUCAAAGGAUCGAAAGGUUUCGGAGAAAUUUUGCAAUUUAGGGUGCAAUUCUGAUUGAAUUUUUGGCACAAUUCAGCCACAAUAAUUAGUCGGACCAGUCUGUCCUCUUGGAGUCGAUCCGUGGGAAAUUGGGAAUGAUAAAAAGGAAGAUUUUGGAAUCAUGUCGAUUCAAAAUCGUGUCACGCAUGAUAAUUUUGGUUACUUUUGAUAGACUAGUUAUUUUGUAAUCAUGAACGAUCAUUUGAAGAAUCCGGUGCUGUUCGUCGGUGAUAUCGAUGGAGAUAUCGAUCUGUCACAGCCUCCGAUGUCAGGGGAGGACUACAUAAAACGUGUUGUGAUUGAAGCGAAACAAUGUGAGGACGUCGUUGUAGCAAGGAUCGACGAGGCUAGACUGAAAAAACCAACUGUCAAUGUAAAAACUCUGGGUGGAUGUUUGGAAGCUCCAGAAAACCUCAGUCCCACGUAUGAAUGGCAGAAAUGUCAGAUUGAUGAUUUUUCGAGUGUCAGACUGAAGAUCUCGAGGAUAAAAGCUGAGAGAGAGAAUUAUCGCCAGUACAGCAGGACAACUGUGAAAUUCCCAGAUGUGGAUGACAAAAAUGGUUGGGUGAACUUUUGCCUCGGUUCUGCGGCUGAAGAAUCGGCCCCUCGACAUCCAACACUCGAUAUUAUUUUUUGCUUGAAUCAGGCACAAGUCGAGCAAGUGUUGGAGUACCUGAUUGAAGAGGUGGAGUCCAGGGGAACAGUCGACUGUGACUUGGGACAGUGGAUUUACGCCCUUCUGGCUGUUUUAGAGCUGCCACUAAAUCCCGACGUUUGCUCAUCCUUGAGGACUCUGGCGAGAUCUUGUUCGGUGGCAAGAGCUAAUUUGGAUCCAGAAGAACACGAAAAGGUGAAAGCCCUGAAUUUAUUUAUUUGUUUGGUGGCCAGGUACUUUCGACAACUGGACUUAGCAGAUCCGUAACGAAAAAAAAAAGUUUGUGGGAAGAAAAUAAAAAAAAUUGAUAAACUCUGUAAUCUAAAAAAA